CUAAGAGAUAAGAGAAGGAGGUUUGGUAUUUGCAAUAGCAUUGGAGGAUCUAAGGUUGUGAUUGUUAUGGAAACCAAUAGAAAGAGAAAAGGGGGUCCAUUGGGACAUACCAUGAAUGCCACUGGAGUGACCACACCCACCUUCUUUCCUUCUUCAUUUUCAACUCUCUCACUCUCUUCUAUUUACUAAUCCCAUCCAAUCUUCUUUCCCCAAAUUAAGGGUCCCCCUUAUCUCUCUCUCUCUCCCCUUCCUUUUUUGGAGUCAGUUCUGUUGGAUCUUGUGUUUUCUGUUUUUGUGAUUGGGAUCUGUAGAGUAGGCAACAAGGCUUCCACACAACAUGGGAGCUUGUUUGAGCGCCCAAAUUAAAGCUGAAAGCCCAUAUUAUAACACAGGUUUAAAUUCAAAGAAUGUGAGUAAUGAUGGAAAUGAUCUCAGCAGCACAAACAGUAAAGGUUCGGCUGUCUCAGUGUCUCAGACUACUCGGAGUGAGGGUGAUAUCUUGCAGUCAUCCAAUUUAAAGAGCUUUACUUUAGCAGAACUUAAGACAGCCACUAGAAAUUUCCGUCCAGACAGUGUGUUAGGAGAAGGUGGUUUUGGAUCAGUUUUUAAGGGGUGGAUUGAUGAGAAUUCAUUGGCGGCUGCCAGACCUGGUACUGGCAUUGUUAUUGCUGUGAAGAGACUUAAUCAAGAGAGCUAUCAGGGUCACAGGGAGUGGUUGGCUGAAGUUAACUUUCUUGGACAGUUUUCUCAUCCUCAUCUAGUGAGGUUGAUUGGUUAUUGCCUUGAAGAUGAACACCGCCUUCUCGUUUAUGAAUUUAUGCCUCGUGGAAGCUUGGAGAAUCAUUUGUUCAGGAGAGGCUCAUAUUUCCAACCUCUUUCUUGGAGCCUCCGUUUAAAGGUUGCUCUUGAUGCUGCCAAAGGGCUUGCAUUUCUGCACAGUGCUGAAACAAAAGUGAUAUAUAGAGAUUUUAAGACUUCAAAUGUCUUGCUGGAUUCAAAAUAUAAUGCAAAGCUCUCUGAUUUUGGGCUGGCAAAGGAUGGACCAACUGGUGACAAAAGCCAUGUCUCCACCCGGGUUAUGGGAACCUACGGAUAUGCAGCUCCUGAAUAUCUAGCCACAGGUCAUCUUACUACCAAGAGUGAUGUGUAUAGUUUUGGGGUUGUCCUGCUGGAAAUGUUAUCUGGCAAGCGGGCAGUUGACAAGAAUAGACCAUCUGGACAACAAAAUUUGGUGGAAUGGGCUAGACCCUACCUUGCUAACAAACGUAAGAUUUUCCGGGUGUUGGACAGCCGUCUCGAAGGGCAGUAUUCAACAGAAGAAGCCUACAAGGCAGCCACCCUUGCUUUGAGAUGCCUAUCAACAGAAUCCAAGUUCAGGCCCAACAUGGAUGAAGUUGUUACAACUUUGGAGCAGUUGCAUGUUCCUAAUCAAAAUCCUUCUGCUAAUGGCUCUCGUGUUCGCAGAAGAAGUGCUGAUGAUGGUACUACCUGUGGAAGGGCCCCUACAGCUUAUCCCCGGCCAUCUGCAUCCCCUCUCUAUACAUGACAUUUGCAAAAAUACACAACCUUGAAACUUAACAAAGCCGAAUCUUAAAACAUCAUGCGUGGUGGUCUCCUCCAUGACAACUCAGGUACCUCUGUAGCUAAUAGACUGUACAUAUCAUAUUUCAGCUAAUAUAUUCAGAACCAGACUUCAUACUGGCAUUUUUGAGUUCUGUCUAGUGUUUGUAACAACUAAAACUAGCUGGGAAGGCAUGUACUUUUGUAUGAUAGCUCUUGUUAGCGCAGUUUUGUUCUAGUCUAUAUUGGGGUGGUGUGGUUUCCUAAUCUAUUUUGUAACAUUUUGUUGCCAUAUGCGGCUUCCACAUCCUACUUACCAAAUACAUUUAAAGGCUGAUGCUCUAUUCUAUUUGUUUCGAUUCUUUCAUGCUUUCUUUCUUGUAAAUGUGAAC